AUCGUAACUAUCAGUCGAGGUUUCUUGAUAUUGUCUCGGAGGUUGCAUAAAUAAAACUUUUAUCCACUCUAUCUACACACUUACAACAACAACAACAUCAAAAAAUAAUUAAAUAUUUAAGCAUUUUUGGUAAUCAAUUACCUUAUAUUUUGUUCGUCGAUCAAAUUUUAGUUUAUAUACAUAUAUCUUUGAUUUGAAUCCAUAUCUGCUUAACAAAAAUUGGUCUCAUUUUCCUAAUAGGUGGUACAAACAUAUGUAAAUUAGUAUUAGUAUUAUUAGCAUUAAGCUCAACUUGUAACCUUCGGGUAUAUUUCAGGCAUGUCAAAUAAUGAAUUCUAGGAAAAGUUUAGAAAAAUGCGUGAAUCGUUCACUGCGCUUUGAGCUUUUCAUUGAAAAUUGGAAACAAAAUGUUUCAAUAACUAAGUAGCUAUUGGAAUCUACACAUUGGUGUCGGUAGAAGGAUUUUAAGCAAUAGUGGCGUGUAAAAGGGUAUAUAUAUUCUGCUGAUAAAAUAUUAAAACUCAUACGCAAACAAUAUCAUACAGAAGAUAAACAAUAAGAGUAAUAUAAAUUAAAAAUGAAGAUAAGCGCAGCGCUCAUACUGUCACUCAGUAUAUUUUCUAUAAAAUAUCAUAAUACAAUGAGCAGUAGCUGGGAACGCGUUCGUCUUCGUGUCGAGACCAAAGAGGGUUUUGAGCCGGUUAGCAAUAAUAGCGUGAGCGCUGAUGUGCGCACUAUAUCUGCGCAUAUAUUGGACACAACAGUAGGUCAGGCGGUAGCAAAUGUCAACAUUACCAUUCACCGUCUAGAGGGCGAAAAUAAUUGGCAGAAACUGAGUGAGGCAACUACCAAUAAAGAUGGUCGUGUGAACCAAUUAGUGCCCGCAUCGCACUACAAAUCCGGCAUCUAUAAGUUGCACUUCGAUGUGAAACCAUAUCAUGCUGAACGUGGCGUUAAUAGUUUU